GCGUCAAGAUUUCACUUUUACCGGAACAGAAAGAGGUAUCCACACUAGCUGACGACCGAAGCUGUUCGAAUCAACUCUCUCCCUUUCUUUCCAUGGACCGUCACUUACCGGACUUUCAGGUUCUUCUUCCCCCGCGCGACGGAGAUGUAGCACGGAGGCCGGGUGGAGAGAAAUAUUUUCGCCGAAGAAUAUAUCGCGAUACGAAAGACUCGGAUUUUGGUGCCGCGUACGCGUGUGACGUACGUUCGAACUGGACCGGGUGAUAAAAAUGAACCGUGAGACGAGAACUGAAGCAAAGAAGGAACUGCCGAACGAGCGAAUCGAAAAAGAACAAUCGGGGAUCGCGAAGAUGUGUCGUCUGCCGCGGGACGACGACCCUUGCCCGCGAAAAUAGUAGAAUUUAUUUCGCGAGUGCAGCGCGAUUCCGCAGUGAGGACGAUCCACCGACGACGAGAACAACGACAACUAGGUACCGCAACGAAAUCGUAAGAAUUGACAAUAAUCGGUUAUCAUGUCGUCCGCUACCGUCCUAUCGAAUAUAACAAACGUGAUAACGAUGGAAAACGAUAUGCAUCUCGUGAGUAGAUCCGUUUCUUUAGCAACAGCCGGCGCGCUGACGGCAAUUGCAGUUGUUGGGUUUUUUUUAAAUUUAACAGUUAUUUUCGUUAUACUAAGAGAUACCCAGACGCUCUUGACACCGGUAAACGUCGUUCUCCUCAACCUGGUGAUCGGUGAUUUCUGCGUAUCGAUAAUCGGUACACCGUUUGCCAUCGUGUCGUCGAUAUUCGGAAAAUGGUACUGGGAACACGCGGGUUGUCUUUGGUACGCUUGGUUUAUGUCAACUUUUGGAUUGGCUAGUAUCGGAAAUCUGACGGUUUUAGCUAUAGAAAGAUGGCUGCUCAUCACAAGACCGAUGAAAGCUUUCACUAUAAGGCAAGCCUGUUACCUGGUCUCCGGCGUUUGGAUCUAUUCAUUGUCACUGACGAUCCCACCGCUCUUCGGAUGGGGAAGCUACGGACCGGAAGCCGGCGAUUUGUUCUGCAGCGUUUCUUGGGAAGUUCACGAUCCGGAAAUAGGAAGCGAUAGCUACAUCGCGUUUCUAUUUAUAUUCGGUCUCUUGGUACCCGUUACUCUGAUAACCUCCAGUUACUUGGGCAUCGUCACGACCUUGAAGAAGGUCAGAAAAAGAGUCGGUUCCAGAGGAAGACACGAAGCUCAGGUAACGAAAAUGGUGGCGAUCAUGAUAACGGCGUUUCUGGUCGCUUGGACACCAUAUUCCGUAUUCGCUUUAUCCGCACAGUAUUUCAAGGUAACGCCUACGCCGAUGUUGGCGAUUUUACCGUCACUUUGGGCAAAAUCAUCGAUAUGUUACAAUCCUGUGAUAUACGCCGGUAUGAACACCCAGUUUCGCGGUUCGAUUAAAAAAUUUUUAGGGCUACCUGGAACCACCGUGUCAAGAUCAGCCGGAAGUCAACACACGGCGGUAAGCGCCGCCACCAACAGGGCGGUUAUUCACCCGGUACAAAUACUGAAAAAAUAAAUAAAAUAAAUGAAUAAAUAAAUAAAUAAAUAUCUCAAAGUACGUAUACGUAUACACAAAUACAAAAAUCAAACGCGCGCCGUUCUGUGUAACGCGGCAAAGAUCGAGCUUAAUAUAUAAUAACAAUAACAGUACAACGAUAACGACGACGACGACAACAACAACAACAACAACUAUAACGCGACAAUGGAUAACAUUGUAUGUAUAAUACGGCCGCGCGUUUUGGGACCAAAAAUGGCGAGAAUUACGAAUAAGACGCGAUCGUUAAAAUUGCUUAAUAUUAUAUACGUAUACCUUUUACAAUGGGGGGUAUUCGGUGAACGCAUUUAUUCGUUACGAGUAUACAUACGUAUGUAUAUGACCACGGUAAACACACACGACGUAUACACAUAACCAUAGCUAUAUACCUGCAUACCUUACAUACCUUGUAUACCGAUAUAGGUACGUACAUACAUAUAUCCAUGUAAUUAUCGAUAUUAUAUAUUGAUAUUCGUAACACACGUCAUUAUAUCAAAUGCCAUCAAGUUAAUUUCAAUCACGACCGCCUAUGCGCAAAGAGGAAAGUGAAACUGCAGGGUAUAACAAUAUAUAUUUAUAAAUACACACGUGUGUAACUACACACGUGUAUACGCUAUAUUUUUAUCAUUACGACCGUGUAUCGGGUACUGUUCUUAUUAUUAUUAUUCAAUUUAUUUCAAGAAUAUAUAUAUAUAUAUAUAUAUAGUAUAUUUAAUUACUCUAUACAUAUGUACAUGAAUGUACAUGAUAUUAUAUAGCGAUAGUCAAGUAUAUAUAUAUACACACCAUGUACCAUAACUAUAUAGAUACCCAAUGUAUAUGUAUAAUGUCAACAAAAAAAAAACAAAAAAAAAAAAAAAAUAGAAAAGAACCAAAAUAAGAGUAACAUAAGAUCUCAAUAAAAUAAAUAAAUGAAUAAAUGAAUCGAUUGAUUGAUUGAUUGAAAAAAAAAACGUCUCGUCUAUCGUUUUGCGACGAUUGAUUUGCAACAAUCGUUGUACGAUUCGAUCAGAGCGAAGAAAAGAGUCGAAUGAUUGAUGUUGCGUUCUAAUGACAUCGAUCUACGGGAAAAAUUCGACGUUAUGAUAAGUAAAUAACUCGGACCUUUUGAAUGUACAAGGCCAUUAUCGCAGACUUUGAGUUUCGAAUCGAUUGACUUUUCGGCGAUCUAAUGAAAAAAUAAUAACAACAGUUCGAUCGACGUUAUCAAAUCCGGUGAGUGUAUAACCAGAUGCAGCAGCGGCGGCGGCAGCGGUAGCAGCAGCAGCAGCAGCAGCAGCUGAUCGGUUUUAAAAAAAUCGGCCGCGGGCGAAACUUUCUAAAAAUUUGACGAAAUUGUUUCAGUAGGUCCAUAUAAUUUACGAGAAGUCCACGCGUUUGAGCUUCAUAUGCGCGAUAUGCACGUUGGUAUACAUAAUAUACAAAUGUAUAUGUAUAUAUACACGUCGUAUACAUGUCCCAUAAACAUGCGGCGUUGUGUGCAUGUGAAUGUUUGGAAAUCAUUCUUGCGAAUAUAACAUUAUAUAUCGCCAAGGUCGAAUUUUUGCAGUCCGCUAUUUUUUUUUUUCUUGCUUUAAGGUUUAUAUGCUAAUCGCUACACAUCAGGUGCAGGUCACGUCCACAUCAUGCGUGAAUCAACUCACCGUAUAUACAUAUAUAUAUAUAUGUAUAUGUAUAUAUAUAUAUUUGUUCGAAUUCGCACCUGCGGUAUACAUUUUAUAUAUUCGCGAUAAGAUGGACGUCCUAUGGAAAAAUUAGAGAUGGACGAAAGUGAGAGAGAGAGAGAGAUAGAGAGAAACGAAGACGAAGAAACUUCAGAGAUGCAGGUGCGAUAUAGGAAUGCAAAAUUUCGUAACGUCCGGUUCCGAUCGAAUUUAUUCGUUUGUUUUCGGAUUUGCUUCUUUUUUUUUUUGGGGGGGGGGGGGUUUCUUUUCAACGAAUUAAUUUCGCCGCUUCUUAUCGGACGCAAAAGCGCGAGGUUAAUCGCGGACACAUAACGUUGCACAUGUAGUUGCACCAGGGAUGACUUACGCCUAAGUUUACAUCACAGCUUUUACCUGCAAC